CAAGAUGUGCAUGUUAUGAUAUUUGUUGGGUUUGGCUUCCUCAUGACCUUCCUGAAGAAAUAUGGUUUCAGUAGUGUGGCCAUCAACCUACUCAUUGCUGCUCUGGGCCUCCAGUGGGGCACUCUUAUAUGUGGAAUCUUGCACAGCCAUAACCAGAAAAUUAACGUUGGAAUUAUAAACAUGAUAAAUGCAGACUUCAGUACGGCCACCGUUUUGAUUUCUUUCGGAGCUGUCCUGGGAAAAAUCAGUCCGAUCCAAAUGCUGAUCAUGACAUUGCUAGAAAUUACUGUCUUUGCUGGCAACGAAUAUCUGGUUGUUGAGAUAUUCAAGGCCUCCGACGUAGGAGCAUCGAUGACAAUCCACGCCUUCGGGGCCUACUUCGGCCUGGCUGUGGCAGGCAUCUUAUAUCGACCAGGCCUGAGAAGGGGACAUGCCAACGAGGAGUCUGUGUAUCACUCGGACUUAUUUGCAAUGAUUGGAACGCUUUUCCUCUGGAUAUUUUGGCCCAGCUUUAAUUCAGCCAUCGCUGACCCUGGAGAGAAACAGUACAGGGCCAUUGUAAACACGUACUUCUCUCUGGCUGCCUGCGUGCUCACAGCCUAUGCGUUCUCCAGCCUCGUUGAACACCGAGGCAAGCUUGAUAUGGUUCACAUCCAGAAUGCAACCCUUGCUGGAGGAGUCGCUGUGGGCACUUGUGCAGACAUGGAAAUUCACCCAUACAUUUCCAUGAUCAUCGGGAGCAUUGCAGGGAUGGUCUCUGUGCUUGGAUUUAAGUUUCUGACUCCUUGUUUUGCUACUAAACUGAGGAUCCAAGAUACAUGUGGGGUGCAUAACCUGCACGGCUUACCUGGUGUGUUAGGAGGCCUCGCAGGCAUUGCGGCAGUAGCCCUGGGAGCAUCUGACACGUCUACUUCAGUCAUGCAAACAGCCGCCCUAGGUUCUUCCAUUGGAACAGCAAUUGGUGGAGGGCUGAUCACAGGUUUAAUUCUAAAGCUACCUAUCUGGGGACAGCCAUCUGACCAGAACUGCUAUGAUGAUUCUGUUUAUUGGGAGGUCCCUAGGUGGCAAGAACAUGACAAUCGUUUCCAUGAACAUGGCGGUCAAGACGAGCUGGAACCUGAAGUCUAAAUACCAUUCCUCUGCCGCAGCUUCCUUUCCCAUUAUCUAGAAUCAAGUUUAAAUAAAUAAAAAGCAUCCAAUGAGAAUAAGGACCAGAAGGGAAGAUCCUGAGCCUCAAAUGUCCAGUGUAUAUAUAUAUAUAUAUAUAUAUAUAUGUCUUAACAUAAUCUGGUGCUGUCUCUUGAUAGUCACUGGUUGUUUGGUUGAAGGAACAUAACUCAUAAAACAGAUUGUCAGAUAGAUCCUAUUCAGCACUCCCGGACUACACUUGCCAGUGGGUAGGUGCAGGGUGAAUAUUCCACGUAUAUCCAUGUAUUUUCCUCCCAUGAAGGUAGAGUUACAAAGAAGCCAAUACUUUCUAAUUAUAUCAAUUUUUUUAAAUGCAGCUACUACAUCUUCAGACCCAAAGAUUGUAAAACUGAAGCCAAUAAAACCAUAAUGUAUGUAAGAAAUCUUUAUAAGAAAUAUGAAAAAUGUACAUAUGUAAAGCAGUAAUAUGAUUGUGUUUGGUAGUACUUUCUUGAUUUUAAAAAUGGUUGUUAGUGGUGUUAUGUCUUUGCUUGAAUAUUCUUAUGCUUAAUUUCUUUUGUAUGUUUACUAUUUGCAACAAGAGCUCAAAUGCUCUCUGACCAAAUUUUGUAUAAAAUUUCGAUGGAUUAAAUGUUAUUAUAA